AUGGCAAGGUCUACACCAAAUCCAGUCCUCCCGGACAGUGCUCUGGGGGGGCAUUUUUUUGCAGACAUGCUCUUCCGUGGAGUGGCUCAGUUCAAAGAUGCUCUUCUCAACGGCAAUCCAGUAGCUGUAGCUACCGUGGGUAUCAUUUCGUUCCUCUUCAUAACGGUGGCGGCGCGAUGUACGUAUUCCCUCCGCUCGUCAGCUUCAUCGACGGACCACAAGAGGAGCACAACUAGGCGUCGUCGCAAAGCGUCCGGAGGUGUGUGCAACCCUCCCGCAAGACAGGCAGCAAACUCCCCCGUCCAGCCGAGGAAGCCGCCAAAGAAGAUGGAGUGUGAAACUGAAGCUUCAUCAAAUGCAUCAAUGGCGAGAACCGUAGAGGAACUACAUUCGCAAGAGGUCGAUAUGAAUCAGUUACAGGAAGAUGGAGGCGGAGAUUGGUUUGUCGUUGCCAGCAAGAAGAAGCCCAGGCCGAAGAAGGCGUGA